AUGGUGGAAACGAAGCGGAAAUUAGCGGAGUCGUCAACCGCAACUCAGUCCGACACUUCGGAAACGACAAGUCCAUCGCGCCGUUCAAUGAGUCCACCAAUCGCUGCAUUGUGGAGCAAGCUUGGUGGUAAUCCGUUUGCCGCCACAUUCAACAAGUGGGUUCGGGAGGCGCCAGACGCUGAAGCGGUUGUCUGGUUGAAUGGAGAAGGAGAUGUGGCUGAAAUAAGAACUUACAAGCAACUAGUGGAUCAAAUAUACACACUAGCGGCUUACCUGGAGGAAAUAGGAAUUAAGAAGAAUGACAGAGUCAUCUUGUGUUAUCCACCGGGGAUAGACUUUAUUGUCGCAUUCUACAGCUGCAUUAUUUCUGGCAUUGCCGCUGUCCCUGUCUAUCCCCCUGAUCCUACAAAGGGAGUGACGGAUAUUCCCCGUUUUUGUGACAUUGGGGCGAGUGCUGGAACUAAAAAAGCCCUCACUUCAACAACUUACCGUCGGGUUGCUGCGGCGAUGUCUGUUGUAUCUCGCGAGAGGCGAUGGAAAGAAAUUGAGUGGAUUUGCACAGAUACUAUCAAAACAAAAGCCACUGCGGCUAAUUGCCCCCCGGCAACUCUGGAUCCCCAUUCCAUUGCGUUUCUGCAGUUCACAUCUGGAAGUACUUCGGAACCAAAAGGAGUCAUGGUGACGCAUGCCUCUUUGUUGCAUAACAUGCACCUGUGCUGGCAUUCCUUCGAGUUUCCGACGCACUUGGAAACUAAAGACCCCAGCGAACAAUUUUCGACCCAUGAUUAUGACUUUUUUGAGCUGGAUGAGUUCUGGAAAAGACGCCAUGAAGUAUCAGUGGCGCGUAAAGGUCACAGAGUCCGAGCGUUUUCUUGGCUGCCAGUCUACCAUGACAUGGGGUAA